AUGAUCACUGAACUGAUCCCCAAUUCAUUACCACUUCUCGCAGACAACAAAGUGUUUGAAAACAUAAACAUCAAUACAUAUAACGUGAAGGCGAUGGCCAAUGAUCUGCGGCAACGGUUCCACGGGUUAGACACGGAGACAACGAUCCAGGAGUUGGUGUUCGCCAUCAGGAGUAUAGAUCUGACCACUCUUUCUGGCGAUGACACCGACGCCAACGUUCAGCGCCUGUGCUAUCGAGCGGUGAAUCCGUUGCGAAGACACUUAACCUCCGCGUUGACCGCAAACCACAAGCUGUGGGAACCGCUGACCACAGCAGCCGUCUGUGUCUACCCGUCCAGAGCCGGCGAUUGCGUGGAAGCGCUCACCCGAUUGACCACGGAUUCCGGUGCCGACCAUCGCGUGUCCAUCGCAUGCGUGGCCACAGGCUUUCCGUCCGGUCAGUACUCACUCGACACACGUCUUCAGGAGAUUGAGUCGGCUGUGAAGGGCGGCGCCCAUGAGAUCGAUGUCGUGGUCGACAGAGCGCUGGCACUGAACGGUCUCUGGAGUGAAAUGAGCGACGAAUUGAUGCAAAUGAAGCGCAUUUGCGACAGAAGUGGCGCUCAUCUCAAAGUGAUUAUAAGCGCCGGAGAGUUGGGUUCACUCGACAACGUCUAUAAAGCCAGUCUGACUGCUAUGCUAUCGGGCGCUCACUUCAUAAAGACGUCGACCGGAAAGGAGACACUGAAUGCGACGCUUCCGAUAGGUUUGGUGAUGACGAGAGCCAUCGGCGACUUCUACCGCAUGACUGGCCAUAGAGUGGGCUUCAAAGUGGCCGGUGGUCUGAAGACAGCGCAGGACGCCAUCGAUUGGAUCGGUUUAGUGAAGAGCCAAUUGGGCACCGAUUGGCUCAAUAGAGAUCUGUUCCGAAUCGGCGCCUCUUCUCUACUCAACGAUAUUGAAAGACAUUUGUUUGGUUUGGUUCUCAAUAGACAACCAAAUCAUUACGAGUUAUCUCUUUAGAUGUAAUCUCUUUUUAAUUAAAAAACAAUUACUCUAUUAAUUAAUA